AUGGGUACAACCCCGAAGAGAAAGAGAAGUGGCACACCCCCGGUAUCUCCUCAGGUGACCCCUAAACGUCGAAGCGUGCGCAUUCUACAUGCAAGAUUUUCUGGAACACGCACCAGGACUGUUGAAGCUGCCGGAACCCCAACUGUAGUGACAGUUGACGAUGAUAGUGAUGAUAGUGACACCACCGAAUCCGAGGCUAAUGUUCCAGAGCAAGAGAACGUUGACGAUGCCAGUGAAGAUUCUGACAGGGACUCCAAUGAGGGUUGCAGUGAGGAUGCAUUUGCUUAUUCCAGCGACUAUCCAGGAGGACAAGGUGGUUCAGAUGUUUUCUUCGAGUCCGCCGGUAGCAGUACACGCGUUAUUGACAUUGCUGAGGACCCAAACCCUGCUUCAGCCAUUGCUGAUCCUGCCCGGACCCCCCUUGAGGCUGAGCAUCUCGCUUCAAAUUUAGAAAUUGUGCCCGCAGUACCUUCUUCCUUCAACACAUUCGAUACGCUGGUCGAGGCAGCCCUCGCAGGAUCCUCUCCAACCAUGACACCGACGGAUUCUCGGGAUGAAAUGCCUACGCUCCAAGUUACAAGCCCUUUACCACCUAUCUUCCAGCAUUUUCUCCAGAGAGACCUUGAUCCUGUCAUUUCGCCAGCCUUUCCAGCAGCCUUUCGGAACAACACCUUUGUCGUCCAUACAACCCUGCUCGUUCCAUCUCACGUUCAACCACUUCUCCGGGCGACAGGGCCUAGUCCCCUAGCACUUCUUCCAGCGGUUCAAUGUGACAAUGCGAGCACUGCUGAAAACACCCAGGCUAUCAUUACCGUCGCCGGGAAUGCUGCUGCAGAACACCCUCGCAGCAUGUCUUGGCUGGAGUGGGAGGAAUCAUUUACUACCUUCAUGGCUUUCUUUGACAGCGGUGCUCAGGUCCUUCGAUCCGCAGAUGAACUCCUGCCGCUCUACCAUCGGUUUAAUGGUUACGCAUUCUUCGGGGAAUUCUUGUUUAUCCCGAGACAGUUGCGGCUUUGA